GUCCAAAUGGUUUCUUCCUCCCAGAAGCCUUCAGUUUGUAGCAACAUGGCGGCUGCAGGGAGGCACGGAGGGCAUUACAUCCAGAAAAACAGUCGGUUUCUGCUUAAUAACAUCCAGCAGUUGUGGGGUCACAGGAGUUUUGGUUGGACUCCAGCUCUGCGACAACAAGCUGAAGAAGCUAUUAAAGAAUCUACAGAGACUAUUGUCAUCCCCAGGAAGAAAACAUGGAGCAAGGAGGCGGUGCUGGAGGCUCUGGCUUCCACUGUCAGCAGGGAUCCUACAGCUUAUCCCUACCAGUUCCAGGAUGAUCCUUACCUCUCUCCCAGGACCUCUGCUGAGUUUAAGCUGUACUCUCUCUCUCAGGAGUCUGGCAGAUCUGCAGCCAAAUACUUUGUCAACAACAACCCCAGGUUCUUCACUAAAGACUUUGCAGAACCACAUAUACCAUGUCUGAUGCCAGACACUGUAUCGCUGCUUCUUGAGGAGGUGAGCGAGGAGGCGCUGAAGGAACGAAUCAGCUUGAGGAAAGUUACAGCUGCAGUUGACAUGUACGAUCAACUGCUGCAAGCUGGCACAGCAGUCUCCAUGGAAACAUCCCAUGACCUGCUGGACCUGAUCUGUCUCUAUUGUGACAGAGACCCUGUCCAGGAAGGGGAACCACAGACGGAGGACACGGAGGAGUCGGGAGAGGAGGUGAAGAGGAGGAGAGGGAGGGUUCGUCGGGCAACAGACUUUCUUAAGUCCACCUGGAAAGAAAACAACAACGCAGAGAGAAUCUUCAGCCUGCUGCCGGAGAGAGAUACACGAUGUUACUCCGCUCUGAUCAGAGGCAUGGUGAAGCAUGGAGCCUAUGCGAAGGCCUUCAGCACGUACACAGACAUGCUUAACAACAGACUGACAGCCGACGUCCACAUCUUCAACGCUCUGAUCUCAGCAGCUCCAGAAGUCCGAGAUACAUACAACGAGAAAUGGGACCUCAUCACUGAGUUGUUAACCCAGAUGAGUCAACAGAAAGUUCAGCCCAACCUGCUGACCUUUAACAGUGUUCUGAAAGCCCUGAGACGCUGUGGCUCUUUGGCCAAAACACAAACUCUACACACUCUGAGUGAGAUGAAGGCUCUGGGGAUAGCUCCCAGCCUGGCCUCCUAUAACCACAUCCUGGCGGUCUUUUACAAAGCAGCCUCGUCUGGUCAGAGCAACGCUGACGUUUUACAGGAAGUGAUGGCGGAGCUGGCAGGAACCAGCUUCACCUGCCAGGACCCCGAUGACGUUCUGUUCUUCUGUAGCGCCAUGAGAAUAUGUCUGGACAGUAAGGAUUUAGAGCUGGGUUAUAAAGUGCAGAGUCUAGUGGAAGUAGGGGACAACUGGAGGAUGCUGGGAGAUUCCUACCAACAGAGUAUAUACUAUGGUCGCUUCUUCAACCUUUUGUGUAUGAUGGAGCACAUUGACAUGGUGUUAAAGUGGUACAGGAAGCUCAUUCCCUCGUUGUACUACCCAAACUCUCAGGGAGUGAGAGACCUGCUGCGGGCUCUGGACACAGACAGUCGUCUGGACCUGCUGCCCAGUGUGUGGAAAGAUAUUCGGUCCUUGGGUCAUGAUAAUAAGCCAGAUCUGAUCGAGGAGCUGCUCACCCUGAUGGCCAGAGACAAACACAGUCCUGAGGUUCAGGAGUCUUUCGCAGUGUGCGCUCUGGAUGUAAAGAGUGCGUAUGAAGUCAACAGAAUGAGGCCCGGUCUGGAGUGGAGCGCCUCCUCCCUCUCACACAUCACCUCCCUGCUGCUGCGAGCCAACAAGAUCCAACAGGCCUGGGAGAUGCUGCAGCUCUUCAAAACAAAUAACAGAGUUCCUUUUGACGAGCUGUUGGAGGACUUCCUGUCAGCGUGUCGCAGCGAUGGCUCUCCCCAGAGAGCCGUGGAGCUGGUUCAGCUGUCCGCCUCCUUCUGUCUGCGGGCAACGCCGAGACUGGCAACGCGAGCGCUGGCUGAGUUCGAUCUGACCGAGGAGCAAAGAACCAUCUUAUCUGAGCUGGAGUCUGCAGGAGAGCCCGCUGAAUGAACCAGACACCGGGAACCACAGCAAGAUCUCUCUUAGCUAAAAAUAAAAUCCAUUAAUACAAAAACGUGACAAAUCUGUGGAGAGAGUGUACCUGUUUCUAUAUCUGUGUAAUAAAGUAUAUGUGACAAACACAAUAUAAACCUC